CCCAUACUCAUAGUGCGCUGGCCAUAGUCGGAGUGAAACUUUGACGCCUCGGCUGUCCGCAUUUACUACGAACGCCACCUUUGCCCGAUAGAGACCAAACCAACGUCAGCGACAUCUCACUUUCUUUGCACAAACGAGGACUCAAAUUCCUAGACACCUCGAGCUCACCCACGAAUUAACACGACCUCAUUCCCGAAAUGUCGUUCUCCUCGCUCGUCUCAGACAUUGCCUACCGGAACUCGGAACGGCCAGAGCGACCGGACCUGCGCUCUCAGAUAUCGGAAGCACGCUCGACCCGAUCCUAUGCCAGCACUGCCGCCACCAGCGUGAGCAUAUCGGGGGACAUCAAGAGUCAAUUGCACGGAGGAUAUAGCCAUCCACUAUCGCGGGCAUGGCAGGCCGAGCGACAGCUCACAAAGUCUAUGCUCAUCUACCCUCUCUUCGUGUCCGACCAGCCUGACGAAGAGACGCUCAUUCCCUCGCUGCCAAACAUCCACCGCCGCGGCCUGAACAAAGUCGUGCCAUACCUCACCCCGCUCGUCGCAAAAGGCCUCAAAUCGGUCAUUCUCUUCGGAGUUCCGCUCGCACCCACGGCAAAAGACGCCCUAGGCUCCAACGCAGACGACCCCAAGGGCCCCGUCAUCAAAGCCAUCCGCCUGCUUCGACGAGCAUUCCCCGAUCUCUUCAUUGUCGCCGACGUCUGCCUCUGCGAAUACACCUCACACGGCCACUGCGGCAUCCUCCGCGACGAUGGCAGUCUGAACAACGCUUUGUCGGUAGAGCGCAUCGCCGAUGUAGCGCUCUCGUAUGCCAAUGCCGGCGCGCAUUGCGUUGCACCUUCAGACAUGAACGACGGUCGCAUACGCGCUAUCAAGCUGAGGCUCAUCGAGGCUGGCAUUGCACACCAGGUCGUGCUCAUGUCCUACGCGGCCAAGUUCUCAGGCUGUCUGUACGGUCCUUUCCGCGACGCUGCGGGCUCAGUACCCUCAUUUGGCGACCGGAGAUGCUACCAGCUGCCACCCGGCGGUCGCGGUCUGGCACGACGAGCUAUCACCAGAGACAUAGGCGAGGGCGCAGACAUCAUCAUGGUCAAGCCUGCGAGUCAGUAUCUGGACAUCAUCAGCGACGCCAAGGAGAUUGGCAAGGACAUGCCCAUCGCUGCGUACCAGGUGUCUGGCGAAUAUGCCAUGAUCCACGCUGCAGCUGCGGCUGGUGUGUUUGACUUGAGGCAGAUGGCGGAAGAGGCUACACAGGGUAUUCUGAGAGCGGGUGCAAGUAUUAUUGUGAGCUACUUCACGCCCGAGUUCCUCGACUGGUUAGGCAACUAGGGCUUGACGAUUGUUACGGCACAAGAAAGAAAGGGCGUAGGGGCGUUUGAUAUCCAAAGGGCAUGGACAUGUCUGAAAUGCAAAUCUCACCACCACUUCUGCUCGAAUUCUACUAAUCGUGUCGUUUCGCAAGUCGCGAACGGAGAAUGUAGUUUUCAGUCUCGCUCGUAACAUUGUAUAGUGCCAAGAU